AACUUAAUUAUUAUUGGUAAAAAGUAAAUCGUGGCUUAUCUCCUUUCAAAUAUUCAAUUUUAUUUAUCUUGGUAACUUCGUCGAAGGUGAAAGGUCUCCGGCACCGAGUGGAGUAAUUGCCUCGCAACCGCCUCGCCUCCGCUUGCUUCUCUGUGAUUUUUGACAUCUCCUUCGUCGUUUUAAACUUCCUUCUCUACUCCGCUUCUGAAAUCAGGGCACAAUCAAAACUUCCUUCUCUACUCCGCUUCUGAAAUCGGGCACAAUCGACGGCGUUAACCUUGUACCGCGCCUACCAACCCCGGUGUCUUCUCGACUUCACGCAGUCCAUAUCUCUCGGAUCUCUUCACCGACGGCAUAUUCCUCCAUUCCAGCCGUUGGUGGAGUCUCUGCAUUUUUGGGUGGUGCUUUGCCCCAGGUGGAAGCUACUUCCACCCAACCUCAUGUUGAUUCCUCUGUUGUUACCGAGGCACCACACCAAGUUGAAUCAAAUGUCUCAGACACAAGCACUGAAGCAGACCCCGGUUCCGUUGCCGAAACUAUCCUGUUCCAACCAAGUGUUUCGCCCUCAGAUCUUCAUCAGGAACCUUCAUUCCAAACUGCGUUCUCAUCCGCUUCUGGAGAUAAGCCUCUUGUUGGAGAGGCAACUGAGGCGGAUGCUAUUGAGGUCAAUACAUGUGAAGUUACAUCCCCAGUAUCCAAAGUCUCUCCCCCAUGGACACACCUAACCUUGUAGAAGACAGUUUGUCUGGGUUGGAGAAGAGUCUAUGCCACAUGAACCUCCUUCGUCAUCUAUUAUUGAUCCCAUGCUACAAGCCGGAGAGGACGCUAUUGGUGGGUCGGAAGAUGCGAAAGCGGAGGAAGUCGUAACAAAAAAGAAAACGGCGAAAUUAAAAAAGGUCUACCUAUUCAUGUUGUCUUAUUUUAGCCUAGUACAUAUAUAGGGGCUACCGCAUUUUUACCUAUAUUAGGCUGGGCGUGGCGUGAAGCCAACAAACGUAGGGCAACCAAACGGCUUCCAACGCUACAGCAAACGGCUGCGUAAUAGUCCCGACAGAUACACGCCCACAUAAGCACCUCGUAAAGACCCCGUAAGCAAGAAGACUACCGAAGGCCCCCGUAAGCAAGAAGCCCUCAAAUGACCUCGUCGUGCAAUGAAGGAGAAGGAGGCGGUAUCCGCUGUGAAGUCAACUAUUCCGAUAACGGAAACAACUAGAUUUGUUGGGGGUUUUACACCAUUGCUCCCACCAACUCCUACUAGACGCGCUGCAUUCCUGCGGGCAAUUCAAAAUGCUAAGAAUCUCCCCGCUACUGAAGCUGAUGCCUUCCAAAUUGACACUUUGAUGACUGUUUUCGAGUGCAGUAGGGUGGUUUCUCAGGAGGCGAUUGACCGUGUGGUUGCUUACAUCCGCAAGCGCAGGGAAGGGCUUCCAUCGUGUAGAUUUGACUUUCUCGACUCUGCAUUCUUUUCUGAGCUCCUUCGUAACUUCCCCGACUUUAAUGCAUGUCCAUCUAAGGAUUCAUUCUCGUUUUCCCCAUCUUUGAGGGAACAGUUUAUCCACCGUCCGCAAUGGUUUACGCAUGUUGAUAUCCUCUACAUUCCGGUGGUAGUAGGAGACGGCCAUUGGGUUGGCAUUAUUGUUGAUUUGAAUAUGUGGUCGAUGUAUGUUGUCGAAGGUAACUCCGCUUGUCCAUCUGUGUUUGCUCUCACUUCUGUCAUAACACCAAUCUCCAUUAUGCUACCGCACCUAAUCGGCUGUUACUGUAUGACUGACAAUGCGCAACAACUCCAUUACGCGCCCCUGACUAUGUCUCGGUUGGAGAUUCCUUGUCUUGUGGAGCAUCCAGGUUGUUCGUCGGUGGUGGCCCUUAUGUUUUUAGAAUUGCAUGCUAUAGGCAAAGAAUUGAAUAGUGUGUACUUCAAUGAAGAACAUGUGCGGACUGCUGCAGAGAAUUACGCCAUUGAAACACUGCAAAUGUGUCAGCCCGGAUCAGUUCCUCCUGCUGAGUAUCUUGCCAUGUCUGCUUUAUGUGUCUGUUGUCACAUUUUCUUUCUCGUUUUAGCUACAUAAGUCUUAUUACUUAACGGCCUUGUUAUGUAUCUUUAUUCGACUCCACUUAUCCACUCUUGUUUCAGUUUCGGUGGUAGCUUGUUUGACUGGAAAACUAUUUCAUUAACUAAGUAACUAUUCUAUCU